AUGGCAAUGGCAUCCGCGCCGAGCACCACCGCGUCCACCCUCGCGCCCCCCCUCCGCUCGCCCCUCUCCUUCUCCUCCUCCCGCCGGCUCCCUUCCGCCGCCGCGCCCCCUCGGGCGGCGGGGGCGCUCCUCCUCUGCCGCGCGCCCGCGCCCGCGCGGGGGCUCGCCCUGGCGCGCGUGCGGUGCCGCGGGGCGGUGAAGCUGGUCGGGGAGGGCGAGUUCGAGGCGGAGGUGAUGCAGUCGGACCUGCCCGUGCUCGUCGACUUCGUCGCCGACUGGUGCGGGCCCUGCCGCCUCGUCGCCCCCGUCGUCGACUGGGCCUCCGAGGAAUAUGAGGGGAGAUUAAAGAUUGUCAAGAUUGACCAUGAUGCGAAUCCUCAGAUCAUCGAGAAGUACAAGGUUUACGGUCUCCCGGCGUUGAUCCUCUUCAAGAACGGGCAGGAGGUGCCAGGGAGCCGAAGAGAAGGCGCGAUAAACAAGGCCAAAUUCAAGGACUACAUUGAGCCUCUCCUGGAGACCUCAAAUGUUGCCUGA